CAGAAACCUUGUCAAACUACAGACCCUAGUAUUCCAUAGGAUGGAGAUGCAGCACUUAAAGAGUGUCAGAUAACAUUAUUUCUACCAGGAAAAGAAAACCCUGUGAACCCUAUGAAAUUAAUGGAGUCACCAGGUGACUUGAAGCCACAUGUUUCCUUUCUAUGCCUUAAGUACAAAGAUCACAAACUACUGCAGAAAUUUGAUCUCGUAUAAAACACUGCUUUUCUCUUUCCAGAUUAAUCUUGCCUGUAAAUAAAGGGCCAACAACAAAUACAGACAUCCACUUAAUUAAAUGAAAAAGCCACUGGAUAAAUGAUUGAAAGGAAUUGUGAUGGAAGAAAUGCCCUGCAAAGAGCCAAAUGCGAAGCCAGUUAUCAAGCAGAGGACUACAAACAGAGCUGCUUUUCUGGAGGCAAGAUGAUAGACCCCAUAGAAGUCAAUUUGUUUGAUCUUCCUGACUACGAAGACAUCCAGGACGAGAGGUUCCUGCCUCUGCCGCCCCCCGACUCUCCAGGAGGAGAUGCUGAAGCCAGCCUAGGCAACGGAGAGCCAGAGGGAAACAAAUCGUCACAAAGCAAGGAUUCCUCUGGGGCAGCCAGGAGAGCCGUGAAAAGGCCAUUGCCUAAACUAGAUGCUCAGAGGCUAAUUUCAGAGCGAGGACUUCCAGCUUUGCGGAGUAUGUUUGAUAAUAUCAAGUUCAAAGGGAAAGGUCAUGAGGAAGCGGACCUGCAAACACUUAUAAGACACAUGGAGCACUGGGCUCACAGGCUCUUUCCUAAACUUCAGUUUGAAGACUUUGUUGACAGAGUAGAAAGGCUGGGAAAUAAAAAGCCAGUUCAGGCAUGCUUAAAGCGAAUUAGACUUGAUCUACCUAUUUUACAUGAAGACUUCACAACUAAUGAAGGUGAAGAAGCAGGAAACAACAGGCUUGAUGUUGCCACUGAAGAACUAGAUGUAUUUUCUGAAAUCCAGAAUACAAGGGAAGGCUGUAGUUCACCUGUAAAUACUAAGCUAACAGAGGAGCAACAGGAGAGAAUCGAAAGGAACAGGCAGUUGGCCCUUGAAAGAAGACAAGCGAAAAUGCAGCUGGACAGUCAGUCGCAAGAACAUGAGCUGCCUGUUACUCAGCCGAGUGAAGAAUGCGAAGGUCAGGAGCCAGAAAGUGUGGCCACACUAGAAACAGAAAAUGUUCCUUUCCAAACUUCUACGAAGAUGCAGACUGAGAGUAUGGAAGAUGACAAAUGACCUGUAUGACUAAGUGACUAAGGACUUCCACAUCUUGAAACAACAGUGGCAUAUUCGUCAUUCCUUGCUGCUAAAAGGUUUUUUUUAUGUGUGUUUUCUUUUGGGUGCUAAGGCUUAACAUUUUUGCCACUCUCUUUAGAUGAAAAUAGCACUGUAAUUUAGAAAAUUUUCCUUAGUACCCACAACCCUGAAAAGUUUGGCUUUCCAUUUAAACGGAGAUGAGUUGAAGCUUGGAUGGAAGUAGCUGCAGUAACCUUUGAGCUAGAAAGCAUUUGCAGAGUAGACAGUAACAAAAGCUGCUCUGAGAGAACAUUUCCAAUAAUUAAAUCUUUUUUAAAACUGUCA